CUCUGCCGGAGACAUUUUGGAUUUAAAGGGGCUGAGCUACCCGUCAGACCUAGCUCUCGGUUUCCCUGAGCUACAUAGAAGAUGUCCACCAUGGUGUAUCCACGGGAAGAGAAGCUGGAGAAACUCUCUCAGGAAGAGAUCAUCUCCAACACCAAGCUGGUGAUCCAGGGUCUGGAGGCCCUGAAGAACGAGCACAACUCCAUCCUCCACAGCCUCCUGGAGACCAUCAAGUGCCUAAAGAAGGACGAAGAGGCCAACCUGGUGCACGAGAAGUCCAACCUGCUCCGCAAGUCAGUGGAGAUGAUUGAACUGGGCCUGGGAGAAGCACAGGUGAUGAUGGCUCUGUCCAACCACCUGAACGCGGUGGAGUCGGAGAAGCAGAAGCUGCGCGCCCAGGUGAGGAGGCUUUGCCAGGAGAACCAGUGGCUGCGGGACGAGCUGGCCAACACCCAGCAGAAGCUGCAGAAGAGCGAGCAGAACGUGGCCCAGCUGGAGGAGGAGAAGAAGCACCUGGAGUUCAUGAACCAGCUCAAAAAAUAUGAUGAAGACGUCUCACCCACUCAGGAGGAGAAGGACCGAGAAACACCGAAGGACUCCCUGGACGACCUCUUCCCAAAUGAUGAGGAGGAGCACGGCCAAGGAAUGCAGCACCAACACAACAGUGCGGCCGUGGCUGCAGCCCAGCAGGGAGGCUACGAGAUCCCAGCCCGCCUGAGAACCCUGCACAACCUGGUGAUCCAGUACGCCUCCCAGGGCAGGUACGAGGUGGCUGUCCCCCUCUGCAAGCAGGCUUUGGAGGACCUGGAGAAGACUUCUGGACACGACCACCCCGACGUGGCCACCAUGCUCAACAUCCUGGCCUUGGUCUACAGGGAUCAGAACAAAUACAAAGAGGCCGCCCAUCUGCUCAACGAUGCUCUGUCCAUCCGUGAGAAAACCCUGGGCAAAGACCAUCCAGCUGUCGCUGCAACACUGAACAACUUGGCUGUGCUGUAUGGAAAGAGAGGGAAGUACAAGGAGGCGGAGCCUCUGUGUAAGAGGGCUCUGGAGAUCAGAGAAAAGGUCCUGGGGAAGGACCACCCUGAUGUGGCCAAACAGCUGAACAACCUGGCUCUGCUUUGCCAGAACCAGGGCAAGUAUGAGGAGGUGGAGUACUACUACUCCCGUGCCCUGGAGAUCUACGAGAGCAGGCUGGGCCCAGAUGAUGCCAAUGUGGCCAAAACCAAGAAUAACCUGGCGUCCUGCUAUCUCAAACAGGGGAAAUACAAGGAGGCUGAGAUUCUGUACAAAGAGAUUCUGACUCGUGCUCAUGAGAAAGAGUUUGGAUCUGUUGAUGCUGAAAACAAGCCCAUCUGGAUGCAUGCAGAGGAGAGAGAGGAGAUGAGCAAGGGCAAACACAGAGACAACACUCCAUACGGCGAGUACGGAGGCUGGUACAAGGCCUGCAAAGUCAACAGCCCCACAGUGAACACCACCCUGAGGAACCUGGGGGCCCUGUACCGCCGACAGGGCAAGCUUGAGGCUGCCGAGACCCUGGAAGAGUGCGCCGUGAGGUCUCGCAAGCAGGGCAUCGACCCCAUCCACCAGACACGUGUGGUGGAGAUCCUGAAGGAUACAGACGGCGACAGGCGGAGGAGCAGGGACAGCCUGAGCAGCGUUAAGUAUGAGAGCGGCUCCGAGACCGGCGAGGAAGUGAGUAUGGGCGUGGAGUGGAACGGGGCCUAAGCCAUCAAGAUUAUUCCUCCAUCCUUCUCUCCUUACCCGACACAAUAGCAAAAAGGAUGCGUGUUGUCGUUCCCUCUGGCCUUCUCUGUCCCAACAAAAAACCAACAGCUCCUCCACCAUUCCCGGUGCCCCCCUCCGGCAGAGACUCAGAAAGCCUCCUCCCUGGCUGUCAUCUCUGUCCCCCCCCUCUCCGUUCACCUGACAACUGCUGGGACGUUUGGUCUUCUCAUCUCUGCUCUCUCUCUCUCUCUCUCCCCCCCCCCUCUCUUCCUUUCACUCUCUCUAUCCUUUCCUCUCACUAACUCUGUGUCGUCCACCGUGUCAGAAAUCGUUGCUUCAACCUUCUCUCUCACUUAACAAAAAAAAAAAAGAAGUAAUUGUGUGUGUGAAAUCUUUUCCCUGUGAGGAAGCCACUCGCCCAUUUUUUCCUCUCUCCAAACACCACAUUGUAAUUUUUCAUAGGUGCACUGUAGAUUCCAUAGGCUAGAUAAGAGGAGCAGGAAUGUCAUUUAUUGGAAGAAGGCAAAAGAUUUUGGGGAUCAGUGUCACCUUUGAGAGCAGCCCCGGCUCCAGGCAUCACACCAACCCACAGUCAGAUAAAAGGUUACAUUCACUAUAGAGUCCAUAUAUUGCAAAAUGAUUCAUUUUAAAAGCUGCUCUGCAUUGGUCUCACUGUGAAUUUGUUUGCAGUCUGUUUCUAAAACUCUUGAAAGUUGACCUUGAAGCUAGCUUCCGACUUGGUGCCUGUAUUUAGCCGUAACAGUAUCUUAUGUUUUUUUUUUUUUUAAAGAAAGCUAUUUCUUUUGUCGUUGUUUGUGUUUUUAUGUUUUUAACCAUCUUAACAAUAAUGAGAUCACUUGCCUAAACAGUUUGGAAAUAACGGUACUGUAUAGUUUCACAUGCAAAUUUUAAAACCUGUCAUUUCUUUUUGACUUGGAAAUGAGAAGGGAGCAUUGCCAUUUUUGUUUUUAUAGAUAUAUUUCCUUUUUCAUUUAAAUUUUGUAUCAUUUUGUUUACAUUUUUUUUUUUUUUUUUUUUAAAUGUCUUUUAUUUUUUUUGUGGCUGAAUAUUAAGGCAGCAGAUUGUUAACGAAUGCAGGAGUGUGGCCGGUUGUGAAAGACCAGAAGAGCCGACAUUAGUUGACAGCAAAUUGGUCAGAUCACAGCAAGUACUUGUUGCCAUGGUAAUUUAUUUUUCAAGUCGCUCUUACUGGCAUCAGUGUCCUUGGUUUUGAUGGAGUAUUCACACACAGGCUCUACGCCGGUACAAUACAAUACAAUACACAGUGGCUUGCAUUUACAAAGGGAACUAGCAACAUUGGCUGAUGCUUUGUAGCCAAUGAGACAGCAGAGACCAACCGGAGCAUCUAGCACAGAUACUGGCCACCUGAGAGAUUGCUAAAUAAUAGUAUAUUUCAAAAUAAAAGGGCGUGAAUGCCCAGAUUUUGCCUUUUUAUUUGUUGGUGCAGGAGUAGAAGCUAGUGUUAUUAUUCAAUGGAAGCGUGGAUUCCACAGUAGUGUUAGUGUGUAUUUGUGUAUGUUUUUGGUGGUACAGUCGCAGUGCCCGAUCUGGCUAUGGAUACUGUAUUUUGAACACAAAGCUUAAUGGAGUGUGUUGCCUUUUUUCUUACACAGUUGUUUGCAAGUCAACAUUGUCACUUUGGUGAAUCAUGUUUUUAAGACACCCAAAAGUACAAGUGCGAGUGUUUCCUCAAGAUCAACAUGUAAUUUCAGAUGUUUAACUAACUGAAUGUAAAAUGACUUUAACAUCUUUAAAGUGUAAUUGUAGGCUGUAUUUAUAGAUUGGACAAGUGCAUUCACUAUCCGGCUUUUCAGUAUGCUACUUGCCUUGAUUCUUCAUUCCUUCCAAUGAGUACACCUAUACUUCUAAUGCAACUCUGAACAAAAGAAUUGACUGUGUACAUCACAUAAUUAUGACAAUAUUGUUGUGUUAGUGGAAUGCUUAUUUAUUGAACUUGUCUAUUCUCAACAUAUAUAGUGUGACUUCAGUUCCCUUAAGUGGAAGAACAUAAAUGGUAAGGUCUAUAAGCACUAUCUUAGUAAGUAGGACUGCAUUAUAUUUACCAUUCUGCAUUGUGAAGAUUAUUGCAUCAACACUUGUUGGUAUUCUCAAAUAAAGUUUUUCAUUUGUGGA